CCGGUCCCUUCCACCAUAAGGAUUUAUAUAUUAGCACAUUUUGCAGUCUAUUGUAAAAUUUGUCUGGUUAAACUAACAAUUAUAAAUAGUCAAAAGCUAGCUAGACGAAAACAUCAUCAUAAUCCACCAAACAAAGGUUUUUUUUAAGAUCCAGCUAUGAUGGCUAUUACACUGAUAAUAGAAAGCAAUGGAAGAACAAAGUGGGGUGAAAGAUCCGAGGAUCGGUGGACGUUUGACCACAAGCCGGUCGAACUUUCGAAAAAGGAAAGAAAAAAGAAAAAAAAACUGAAAGGGCUCUUAAUUUGAUAUCUCUCACGGAGGUUCCUCGAAGGGGCUCUCUAUGCAUCUAGCUUUCGCUAACCUCCAUUGCUUCAUGAUAAUUGUGAUCCUUGUGAUGAUAUCUCUGAUGCUUGGGACCUUUUUCUAGAAGGUGCAUUUGUUGCGUUCCUGUCAUAUUGCCUAACAGAUGAGAAGUCUCAUUAUAUUGGUUCCCUUCUUUCAUUUGCGGUCGGUUUCUUCCUGUGAUUUUAGCACAAUGAUCGUGACAGAUUGCAGCUUCCAUUUCUCCUUUGGUUCCUUUCAAAAAAAAAAAUUCCUUUGGUUUGAGGGUGACACGGUCUUUUCAUUGGCCGAUCUUGUUCCAAACAGAGAUUUCAUUCGCCAGCAAGUCGUUUCAGUUUCCACCUUGUUUUCUUCGUCUUGCAUACCACUUACUGCUGCUUUGCAAGACGGGUCAAAAGCACAUGAAACUUGACUAUCAAGUCUCUACCCAAGAACUUGGCUUCCAAGCCAGUGCUUUGUUCAAAACAACGGUCGGUUCUGUUUUCUGUGGCAUAAUCGAAAUUUCUCCGCAUCUUUCGCCAACACUGAGCGGCAAAACCUCCGCGCGCUAAAACUUGGAUUCCACGAACUCCAGGCGAGGAAGCGCCCGAAUCAAAGCUCCAAAGCGCUCCGCCCCGUCUGAUCCCGCCUCUACUUCGAAUCCUCCCAAAUCGAAGCAACCUGCGCCGGCUGCCGUGGUGGUUGCUGCGGCGGCGGGGAGCUCGCGCCCGACGGCCCGAUCCGCGCCAUGGAGGAGCCGCUCUAUGAGAAGGAUUUGGAAAGGAAGCUGAAGAAAGAACAGAAGGCUAAAGAGAAGGAGGAUAAGAAGCUCAAGGCGAAGCAGAAGGAGGCUGCCAGGCUACAGGUCCAAGCAGCAGCUGAUGGAGCUAAGAAGAGUGAGAAGAAGCAAAAGAAGAAAGGUGCCACGGAUGAGAAUCCAGACGAUUUCGUCGAUCCAGAUACUCCCACUGGACAGAAGAAACGGCUUGCUUCUCAAAUGGCCAAACAGUACAGCCCGUCUGCUGUUGAGAAAUCAUGGUAUCCUUGGUGGGAGUCAUCACAGUAUUUUGUAGCAGAUGCCGCAAGCUCAAAGCCACCAUUUGUAAUAGUCCUGCCACCCCCAAAUGUGACAGGAGCCCUUCACAUAGGCCAUGCAAUUACAGUGGCAAUUGAGGAUGCUAUGAUCCGCUGGCGGAGGAUGUCAGGCUACAAUGCUUUGUGGAUUCCUGGAAUGGAUCAUGCUGGCAUAGCUACACAGGUCGUUGUGGAAAAGAAGAUCAUGCGUGAGAGGAAGCUGUCAAGGCAUGAUCUAGGGCGUGAUAAAUUUCUAUCUGAGGUCCAUAACUGGAAAGAUCAGUAUGGUGGCACCAUAUCGAGACAAUUGCGUACGCUUGGGGCCUCGCUUGACUGGUCGCGCGAAUGUUUUACAAUGGAUGAGCAGAGAUCAGAAGCUGUAACAGAAGCGUUUGUUAGGCUAUACAAGGAAGGUUUGAUAUAUAGGGAUAUUCGUCUCGUGAACUGGGAUUGCACGCUCCGUACAGCAAUUUCCGACAUCGAGGUUGACCGUGUUGAUCUCAAGGCAGAGACUUUAUUAGAGGUCCCUGGUUAUAGCAACCCAGUUCAGUUUGGUGUUUUAACAUCUUUUGCCUAUCCUCUAGAAGAAGGAUUGGGUGAAAUUAUCGUUGCAACAACUAGAAUAGAAACUAUGCUCGGUGAUACCGCUAUAGCUGUUCAUUCUCGGGAUGAAAGAUAUAAGCAUUUGCAUGGAAAAUAUGCUGUCCAUCCGUUUAAUGGCCGAAAACUUGAAAUAAUUUGCGCCGAUGACUUAGUGAAAGCCACUUUUGGUACUGGUGCUGUCAAGAUCACACCAGCUCAUGAUAGCAAGGACUUCAAGGUUGGGAAACAGCAUAACCUGGACUUUAUCAAUAUUUUCACUGAUGACGGGAGCAUAAAUGAAAAUGGAGGUCCGCAAUUUGAAGGAAUGCCACGUUUCACCGCUCGAGCUGCUAUUAUUGAUGCACUAAAGGAAAAGGGUCUAUACAGAGGCAUGGAAAAUAAUGAGAUGGAAUUAGGUCGUUGCUCAAGAACUAAUGAUAUUGUGGAGCCAAUGAUCAAGCCCCAGUGGUUUGUUAAUUGUAAUACCAUGGCAAAGUCAGCUCUUAAUGCUGUGAAAUCCAAAGAGAUCGAGAUCAUUCCACCACAAUACGAGCAAGACUGGUACAGAUGGCUUGAGAACAUACGUGAUUGGUGUAUUUCAAGACAACUUUGGUGGGGACACCGUGUACCUGCUUGGUAUGUGACAUUAGAAGAUGACAAAGAGAAGGACAUGGGUUCAUACAUUGACCACUGGAUAAUCGCAAGAAAUAAAAGUGAUGCAGUACUGGAGGCGAAACAGAGAUACCCAGAGAAGAAAUAUCAGUUAGAUCAAGAUCCUGAUGUGUUGGACACAUGGUUUUCAGCUGGCCUUUUCCCCUUAACUAUACUUGGUUGGCCAGACAAUACAACUGAUCUUAGUACUUUCUACCCUACUUCUGUUCUCGAAACUGGAUUGGACAUCCUCUUCUUUUGGGUAGCAAGGAUGGUCAUGAUGGGAAUGCUACUCCACGGUGAUGUACCAUUUCAAAAGAUUUACUUGCAUCCAAUUAUUCGUGAUGCACAUGGACGCAAAAUGUCCAAGUCACUAGGAAAUGUCAUUGAUCCCAUUGAUGUAAUAAAUGGUAUAACACUGGAAGGUCUUCAGAAAAAGUUGGAACAGGGCAAUCUGGACCAAGGCGAGUUGGAAAAGGCAAAAGAAGGUCAAAAGAAGGAUUUCCCUGAUGGUAUUCCUGAGUGUGGUACUGAUGCCCUUCGUUUUGCUCUGAUCUCCUACACUUCUCAGUUCGACAAGAUAAACCUGGAUAUCAAGCGAGUGCAUGGGUACCGACAAUGGUGCAAUAAACUGUGGAACGCCAUUCGUUUUGCGAUGAUUAAGCUUGGAGAUCAGUACACUCCACCAGCAACUCUCGCGGUGCAUACUAUGCCGUCCAUUUGCAAAUGGAUACUCUCAGUACUUAGCAAGGCUGUUGGCAAGACAGUGUCAUCAUUAGAAGCAUAUAAGUUCUCCGACGCGACAUCCUCUAUAUACUUUUGGUGGCAAUACCAGCUUUGUGAUGUCUUUAUAGAAGCAAUUAAACCUUACUUCAAUGGAUCUCAAGAGUUCGAAUCUGCAAGAGGUGCUUCUAGAGAUACACUAUGGGCAUGCCUGGACACCGGUUUGCGUCUGCUCCAUCCAUUCAUGCCUUACAUAACAGAAGAGCUUUGGCAGCGCCUUCCUCAGCCUAAGGAGGCUUGUAGGAAAGAUUCCAUUAUGAUAUCAGAAUACCCCUCAGCUGUACAGGGAUGGGCAAAUGAUAAAGUUGAGAAUGAAAUGGAGAUUGUGUUAGAUGCUGUGAGUAAGCUGAGAUCUCUCCGGCCACCAACAGAUAUACAAUUAAGGCGCCCAUCUUUUGUGCUCUGCCGAAACCUAGAGAUUGCAGCCACUGUUCAACACUACCAGGCUCAAAUUGCAACGCUUGCUUCUGUAUCAUCUAUUAAGAUCCUGACAGAGGAUGAUCCAGCUCCAUCCGAUUGUGCCACAGAUAUUGUAAACAAAGAUCUAGCCGUGUAUCUCCAGCUCCGGGGAGCUCUCGACACGGAUGCUGAACAUGAGAAGCUUAGGAAGAAGAGAGAGGAAGUUCAAAAGAAAUAUGACACCUUGUCACAGAAAAUGAGUGCUUCAGGCUACCGCGAGAAGGCCCCGCAGAGCAAGCAGGAUGAUGAUACGAAAAAACUUGCCACUCUAUUGGCGGAGCUCGAGAUCAUCAGCGAAGCCGAGAGUAAGCUAGACGCAAAAGUGACAAACGAUAUGUGACUCGAUCGUUUGAGGACCUGCAAAUCUGAUUUACACGCAUAUAGACUGAUGAUGAUCCUCGCCACCUUGACCUGACACACCCACCCCUCAGUUCAUACGGUACUGAAGGCAUGCUCACUAUUUGUAAAAAGCCUCAUCCAAGUAAUUUUGGACAUCUUAGCAUGUAACGUCAGUGCACUUUCAAGCAGCUCAGUUUUGUGCAUUUCCAUAUUUCAGUUUGAGUUCGUCGUUCCCAUGUCACACUCGUGGCCUUUUUCUCUGCUGUGGAUGCAUGUAGAGUGUUGUGGACUCUUUGAUGAGGUGAGACAAGAUGUGCUUUGCAAAAUAUAACUGUUUUCUCUUUA